AUGGAAGUCGAAUCACGGCCCCUUUUCAGGAAACGAGGACUAAAACCGACUACGCGUAAGCGGCCUGCAACUCCACCUCCAGCUCCAGACUCCCACUCGUCUGGCUACACAUCGUCGGAGAACGAAAGAGGCGAAAGGAUCAAGCGUCGGAAGAAGGCAGCUGUAGUCGCCAGUAACGCUGCGAAUCGCUCCAAUACUGCAGAUGCUGAGGGUCUUGCCACAUCAAAGUUUGCCGCCGACCGCUCUGCGACGAUCUCGGAAAGCAAUGACGCUACUAAGCAAUCGAACUGGUUUGAUGAAAAGGAUCCUAAGCAUCUACUUGGAUCCGCCCGAGCAAAACCUGAUGCUACGAAUACAAUAGCACAGAGUGAUAGCAAAGAAGGAUCUUAUAAAGGCGCUUCAAAUUACCAUUCCUACGUCAGCAAGAACCCUUCUGCGCCGUCCAAGCAAGUCGGUCCAGUGAAAGCCCCUACAAACAUUCGAACCAUCACUGUUACGGACUUCGCUCCCGAUGUCUGCAAAGACUACAAACAGACCGGCUUCUGCGGUUUUGGAGAUUCUUGCAAAUUUCUGCACGCUCGCGAGGAUUAUAAGCAAGGAUGGGAGAUCGACAGGGACUGGGAGAUUAAUGGCAAAGGAAAGAAGAGGCCGCAACAAGAUGACAGCGAAGAUGAAGAGGAGGCAACGCUGGAGAAUAUACCUUUUGCCUGUAUCAUCUGUAAGGAGCCUUACACGAACCCGGUCGUGACAAAAUGUGGACAUUACUUCUGCGAGGCAUGUGCGCUGAAACGAUAUCGUAAAUCACCAACGUGUGCGGCGUGUGGAGCCGGCACGAAUGGUGUGUUCAAUGGGGCGAAACAGCUGAGGAAACUAUUAGCGAGGAAAAGGGAGAGGGCGAGGCGGAAAAAAGAUAGGGCUAGAGAGGAAGGGGAGGAUGUUAGUGAGGACGACGACGAAGAGGGAUAA